AUGCUAAGUUUUGCGAAAUUACUUCAAAAAGCGCCUAUGAUAUGCUCAUCCACCAUCGAUUAUUAUCGUCACGGACCAACUCAACCAUCAUGGAAUUUGAAGUUUUAUUUGAUGUUCAAAAUUGUAAAAGAUGGGUUUGCAUCAUCAACCAGUCAAACCAUUGAAGAUGUUCAAGCAAUGCAUAAUAUAAAAACAGCUGUCGAUGAUGGUGUACUUGUAGAUGAGCUGUCAUUGUCAAAUUCACUUCGUAAAAAAUCAGAAGUUUACAUUGAUGAGAUUUUGAAAGAUUAUAAUCACGUGCUUCUUGAUGAUUGGAGAAGUGUUAAUCUUGGGGAUGGGUUAGAAUGUGAAUGGGUUUAUGUCAAAAAAGAAGAAAACAAUAGCAACAAGAAAAAAUAUGAUAAGGUUAUUUUGUACUUGCAUAGUGGUGGAUAUAUUUUUGGUUGUCCCAGUUUUUAUCGCAGUUAUACUUCCAAAAUUGCAAAAUCUACAAAUGCAAGACUAUUUGUAAUAAAUUAUAGACUUGCACCACAAAAUCAAUUUCCUGCUGCUUUACAUGAUUCCAUAACUGCCUACAAUUAUCUUAUUGAUCCACCAAAAGAUGCAGAUUUUCUACCAAUUGAACCUAAAAAUAUUAUAAUUAUGGGUGAUAGUGCAGGGGGUGGUCUAACAAUUGCAACAUUACUUGCUAUACGUGACUCAAAAAAAUCAUUGCCAUUUCCAGCUGGAGCUGUUGUGUGGUCACCAUGGGUUGAUUUAGCUCACACAAUGCCAUCAGUAAAAGAUCCAAGAUGUGAUGAAACAGAUUAUCUGUCAACUGAUGCUGCUCAUAAAACAACAUCUCCUGUGUGGUGGGAAGAAUUUGAACAAAAGGCAAAAGAAUUAUCAGAAAAAAUCCAAUUAAAUGUUGACAAUAAACCAAAAUUUUGGCAUAAAUCAUUUGAACAUGAUGGUCGUUUACAAUUUUAUGUGUCUAAUGAAGGAAUAGCAAUUCCGUACGUUUCUCCAUUGUAUGCUGAAAGUUUAGGUGGUUUGCCACCAAUAUUAGUGCAAACAGGUGAUGGAGAAAUAUUAAGAGAUGAGAAUAUCUAUUUUGCUUAUAAAGCUGCUAAUCCAGAAAAAUACAAUUUGCCCCAUUACAAUGCUGAAAAAUUUAAAAAUUCGCCUUAUAAAACACCUACAAAAGUUGUUCUUGAAGUUUAUGAAGAAAUGCCUCAUGUCUUCCAGCUUUUAGCAGGCGACAAUAUAUCAUCAACGAUAGCCUUUGAACGAACAGCCAAAUUUAUUGAACAAUUAUUAUCAGGUGAAGAAGGGGAAAAAGAAUUAAAAGCUUUACAGAUCACAUACAAAGGUGAAAUUAUUGAAAAGUUGAAAGAUGAACAUUACAAGUUACUUGAAUGGGAAAAUGUUGGUAUUGUUCCAUCUGACAUCGAAGCAUUUUAUUGUACUAGAACCGAACAAUAA